GCACAGUGGUGAUCGCACUGCUGUACUCCCAGGUUCUUGCAGGAGGUGAGGCCGGCCAGGUGGAGGCCGCAGUGAGGAGGCGCCCGGCCUCCCUCCUUCCCUCCCUCUCUCCCAGGCUGCAGUGCGCAGGAGGAGGUGUAGUAGUAGCAGCAGCACUUGGGCCGCCGCUCUCCUCCUCGCCAUGUUGCAGUGACUCGGGCCUCCAGCAGCCUUCACACUCCGUCUAUGAGGCCCGAGCCUCGCUCUGGAGCAGUCACCGAACCAGGCGGUGCCUAUGUGGAAUGAACGUUCCAUGUACCGUCGGCAUGAAUGAAGUGGCUUGGCAAGAGACCAGAGGAAUAAUGCAUGCAAGCAAUGGGCAGGAGGUACUGGGGGUUGGGAUCCCCUCUGGAGGAGCAACAUCGGGGCCCAUUGGAAAUAACCCACAUGCUAUUCCUGGCACCCAGGUGCCUCUGAGCGGCCGCUCUCAGGAUGAUGCCACAGUGGGAUAUUUCUUCCAGAGGCAAGCUGGAGAACAGGUGAACGGCUACACGAAUAAGCACCGCUGGCCGACAGGGGAUAGCGUGGAAGCUUCGGUGAGGUCUGUAGAUGACAUGAAUCAUGACUUCCAGGCUCUGGCUCUAGAAUCUCGAGGAAUGGGAGAGCUUCUACCGGCCAAAAAGUUUUGGGAGCCUGAAGACCCAGCCAAAGAUGAGAAAGGCAUGUUCCUUCCAGGCGAAUGGCGGGAGAAUACGUGGGGAGCGUCUCACCAUUCCAUGUCACAGCCGAUCAUGGUGCAGAGGAGACCCGGGCAAGGCUUUCAGGGAAAUCAUGACGUCAACUCUGUGCUGUCGCCACGCUCAGAAAGCGGCGGUCUGGGAGUCAGCAUGGUGGAAUAUGUCUUGAGCUCCUCACCAGCCGAUAAACUCGACCCAAGAUUCAGGAAAGGAGCCUACGGUGUUAGAGACUGUGAUUUAGAUAGACCAGAGAAGGCAGAGCAGAAAAGCAAACCUUCACCAUUCGAAGAAGAAAAGAAACGUGACCUGAUGUCCACCGACGGUGAUGAAGUCUCCAAAUUAAAUGGCCGAGGGCUUCCUAACGGGAUUGAUGCCGACUGCAAAGAAUUUAAUCGCACUCCAGGAAGCCGCCAAGCUUCUCCAACAGAAAUAGCGGAUAGAAUUGGCCAGAACCAAAAUAUGACUGAAGGGUUAGGGCAGCUUUCAAAUCCUAUGGUCAACAAGCCCCUCACAGAUGAGUUUGUCAGCCCUGAAGGACAGAACCUGGAUGGCAUAGAACAAGUUGGCCUGGAUUCACUGCAGUUUGACUACCCCGGGAACCCACUACCAAUGGACUCUGCAGGAGGGGGUGUAGGGCUGUUUGACUACAACACCCAGCAGCAGCUCUUCCAGAGGCCUAAUGCAUUAACGGUGCAGCAAUUAAAUGCAGCCCAACAACAGCAGCAACAACAGUAUGCGCUGGCGGCAGCACAGCAGCAACACAUCGCAGGCAUGUUCUCUGCAGGCCUGGCACCAGCUGCCUUCAUGCCAAACCCUUACAUCAUUAGCACCGCUCACCCUGGCACAGAUCCAUACACCGCUGCUGGUCUUGCUGCAACUUUAGGACCUGCGGUUGUACCACCACAAUAUUAUGGCGUACCCUGGGGAGUAUAUCCAGCUGGACUGUUUCAACAGCAGGCUGCCGCCGCCGCUGCGGCCUCUGCCGCUAACAGCAACAACCAACAGGCGGCAACACAAGCAAACCAGGGUCAGCAGCAGGUAAUGAGGGCUGCAGCCAACCAGCGUCCACUCACUCCCAGCCAAGGACAGCAGGGACAGCAGACUGACUCGCUCGCAGCGGCAAAUUCUGCCCUUGCAUUUGGACAAAGUCUGGCUACUAGCAUGUCAGGCUACCAAGUUCUUGCUCCCACUGCCUAUUACGAUCAGAAUGGUGCCUUGGUGGUUGGUCCUGGAGCAAGAGCAGGGCUUGCUGCCCAAGUGCGGCUAGUGGCAUCCACGCCAGUCCUCAUCAGCCCUGCAGCUGCACAAGCAGCUGCAGUAUCUGCCACUGGUGCAAACAACCUCACAGCAGCCACGAAUGGCAUCUUCCGCCAAUUGGCCCCUCAGCAGCAGCAACCCCAACAGCAGCAGUCCCAGCCUAAUGCCAACCUCCAUUCCAGCUCAUUCUAUGGAAAUAACUCCCUGACCAACAGCUCCCAGAGCAGUUCUCUAUUUUCACAUGCACCCGGGCAACCUGGAAACACAUCUCUGGGAUUUGGAAGCAGCACCUCUCUGGGUGCAGCUAUUGGCUCGGCCUUUGGCGGCUUUGGAUCAGUCGGGAAUUCUGCCGGUGGUAGUGGCUCGAGAAGAGAUUCUCUGUCUGCUAGUUCGGACUUGUACAAAAGGUCUGGCAGCAGCCUGGCACCCAUAGGGCAACCCUUUUACAAUAGCCUGGGAUUCUCCUCAUCUCCAAGCCCAAUAGGUAUGCCUCUUCCAAGCCAAACGCCCGGGCAUUCACUAACCCCGCCGCCGUCACUUCCAUCACAUGGAUCGUCAUCCAGUUUGCAUUUAGGUGGGCUGACAAACGGCAGUGGGCGGUAUAUUUCCGCAGCCCCCGGAGCGGAGGCAAAGUUUCGCAGCGCUGCCAGUGGAUCCAGUUUCUUCAGCUCCAGUAGCCAGCUCUUCCCACCUUCACGCCUGCGAUACAACAGAUCUGACAUAAUGCCCUCCGGACGCAGCCGACUAUUGGAAGACUUCCGCAACAACCGCUUUCCAAACUUGCAGCUCAGGGAUCUGAUUGGUCACAUUGUCGAGUUCUCCCAAGACCAGCAUGGAUCCAGGUUUAUCCAGCAGAAGCUAGAGCGAGCCACUCCAGCCGAGCGCCAAGUGGUUUUCAGCGAGAUCCUGCAAGCCGCCUAUCAGCUGAUGACAGAUGUCUUUGGGAAUUACGUUAUCCAGAAGUUUUUUGAAUUUGGUAGCAUGGAUCAGAAAUUGGCACUGGCAACACGUAUACGCGGACAUGUACUCCCAUUGGCAUUACAGAUGUAUGGCUGUCGGGUUAUUCAAAAGGCCCUUGAAUCCAUAUCUCCAGAUCAGCAGAGUGAAAUGGUGAAGGAGCUGGACGGACAUGUUCUGAAGUGUGUGAAGGAUCAGAAUGGAAACCACGUGGUCCAGAAAUGUAUAGAGUGUGUCCAGCCGCAGUCCCUCCAGUUCAUUAUUGAUGCCUUCAAAGGACAGGUUUACGUUCUUUCCACUCAUCCUUAUGGCUGUAGAGUCAUACAGCGCAUUUUGGAGCAUUGUACAAUUGAGCAGACGAUGCCUAUCCUGGAAGAAUUACAUCAGAGCACAGAGCAGCUGGUGCAGGACCAGUAUGGGAAUUAUGUCAUCCAGCAUGUACUGGAACAUGGACGUUCAGAGGACAAGAGCAAGAUUGUGUCUGAAAUCAGAGGAAAAGUCUUGGCGUUGAGCCAGCACAAGUUUGCCAGUAAUGUUGUGGAGAAAUGUGUUACUCACUCAUCCCGUGCGGAGAGGGCACUGCUGAUUGACGAGGUCUGCUGCCAGAACGAUGGUCCUCACAGUGCCUUAUACACCAUGAUGAAGGACCAGUAUGCAAACUACGUGGUGCAGAAGAUGAUUGACAUGGCAGAGCCCGCUCAGCGCAAAAUCAUCAUGCAUAAGAUCAGACCACACAUCACAACAUUGCGUAAAUACACCUAUGGGAAACACAUACUGGCCAAGCUGGAGAAGUACUACAUGAAGACUAGCAGUGACCUGGGGCCAAUGGUUGGACCGUCGAAUGGCAUGCUCUAGGGAAAGGCAGGAAUUUAGAACCCAGUCCGCACAUUACACCCGUCAUGAACGAGGAUCCUCCCGACCCUCCCACCUCGCUUCCUCUCUCCGUAGCCGAUGUGUUCCACACUAUUUAUUGUUCUCCCUCCUCCCUGUACAUUUGGGGCUUCCCUCUGGCCACCAUGGGAGACUUACCCAGCCGCCUUGCCAGUACAAAAACCAGAGCCUGUAAAUGAUGUAAUUGUAUCAAGCUGUCACAUAUUUUGUAAAUUUUUACCUUGUAAAGUUCCUGUAAAAAGUGGUAGUUUUUAAAGGGAAAGUACAGUAUUUUAAUAAUGCUGGUUUGCCGGCCGGGUCAGUCUCCCAUCAGCGCGGAGGAGUCAUCUGUAAAUAAAGUUCUAUUCUUAUUUUAAACUUUUUUUAUUUUUAUUUUUUUUCGCAUUAGAGGUCUGGAAUGUACUGGGUAACACUGACAUAAUGCUGUCAGUGUUAUCCAAUACAUUCCAGGACUGUAAGGGUUACAUAGCAACAUAAAUCAAUAUAAUGCUAUGCGACCCCGGCAGUGCUGGGAGGUCAGGACGGGUGCUGUGUUAUACUCGCGCUCCGAGUCCAGAGUGUGAAAGCGGCCUAAAGGCAUUGCUUUGCAAACCGCUGCUCUUCAACGACGCUUAAGUGCAAGAACACUCUGGGGGUUGUAGUCUGCAGGUUAUGAACCAAUGUUUUCAAGCCUGAAUGGAUGAACACCAUCAUUAGUUUCUAUGUAGCAGGCCUUGGGUCAGUCACACUUUACUACCUGUUGGAAAGAUUUCUGUGUGGAUACACGACAACUGUGGAUUUUUUUUUAUUUAUAUUCCCCCCCCCCCCUCCAUUUUUUUUUUCCUUAAAAUUCCCUGUGCGAUUUAAAAAAAAACGAUAAAGCAGCAGCCGAUGUACGACACCUGCUAAUUUCAGUUAUUCUUUAUUAAAUAUGUACGCACCAUCCGAGGCGAUUUCUAGUAAUCAAGGCCCAUUAACUCUUUCUUUCCCUUGCACUGACUCAAAAAGGGACCUGGUGCAGAAAUCAUGCAGUUGGUAUGCAAUAGAGGCCUCAAUUCAUCCCUCUGUUCAUUGUCACCGCUGAAUGAAAUUCUAUCCACAGAUAAAAUACAGGAGUCGGCGAGAAAUGCGACUCCCAUUUCGUUUCCUUUUUAGCACCUAGCGAAGCACUGGCGCUUAAUCAUUGCUUUGUUUAGUUUUUUUUUUUUACAUGGUGUGAUGUUUUUUUUUUUUUUUCCUUUUUAGGAUUUUUUUGAUUAGCCAAAUCGUAUAGAUUUAAAUAGUGGAUAAAAGUCCCUUUUUGCGCAUGAAAAAAAUGGAUAAAAAAAAAAAUAUAUAAAUAUAUAUAUAUAUUUGAAUGGCUUUCUGUUUGUAAUUUUUCCUUUUCCGGGUCAUAUAUAAAUAUCUGCUUUGUAUUGUAUAAGUGUAACUAAUGAGUAGUUGACCGUUUACAGUCUCUAUGUUUAAUACGAGCCUUGCUUAUUUUGUAGUUGGUUGUACAGAUUGUACAUUUGUAAACCUUUUUUGCUGUAUAUGUCACUUCGUUUUCACCCCUUCAUCUGGGAAGGGGGCUGAAAAAAAGGAGGAAAAAAAAAAACUUUUUUGCAUUUUAGUGUACAUUUGGGUGUCUCUAUAUUGCCUUGGCAAAUAGUGUUGUAUAAUGUAAAUUUCUUUAAAUCAAGUUUUUGUUUUGUUUUUUAAACCGGUCUUUCUACAGCUUGGUAAAAAGUCUCUAUAAAUAUAUAAAUACCAGCUAUGUAUUUAUCUAGCGCUGGAGAACCCGUUCUCGUUUCUACGCCACGGCUCUUAACACGUCGAUGGGAUACAACGCAGUCCAUUGUGCUUAGUGAGUAGACAUGAUAUCUAGAUGUCCGUGUAUAUAAAGUUCUGUUCACACAGGAGAGCCUCGCGAGUAAUAAGGCCAGUGGCUUGCUUUGUAUAGCACUGUAUUUUUGAUUAGCCUGCUCAAAGCCAAGAGAUAAAAAAACCUAUGUAAAUUAUUGUCAAUUUUGGUGAACAUACAACAGUGUAUCAAUAAUCUAUAGAUGAUGUACAUUUACGAGCGGCCUUAUGUACAUUUUCCAAUGAUCUUUUUAAAAGGCAGAAUUGUGACCACAUGUGUAUAAUUAAAAGACUUUUUAAUCCUUUA